AAAUAGUACAUUCUAAAAUGGAAAGGGGGCUCUGUUACAUCAACCCUGUCCCCUCAUAAUAACAAAAAAUGAUAGCUAUUAAUUAAAUUUCCAAUUUCACAGUUUUGUUUCUACUUCUGUCUGGAAUCAUUUACAAUUUUCACAACUGUAUAUAUAUCGAUGGCAAAUCGUAGCAUACAAUUACACAAAUAAGAAGAAUCCCCCGUCUCCCUUGAUAAUUUUUUUUGUGCAUUAACUAAUUUGGUGAUUACCUUGCUAGAAAAGAUGUUUGAGUUACUUUUAGUGCUUCUAGCAAUUGGAUUUCAUUUGACUAGUUCUAGUGCUCAAGUCAAAGAAAUCAAAUUAGCACAGCCAAGUAACAUAUUCAUCUUAGCCGGACAAAGCAACAUGGCUGGCCGGGGAGGAGUUUCGGGUGGUGUGUGGGACGGGAAUGUUCCGCCAGAGUGCCAGUCCAAUCUGUCUAUUCUCCGGCUUUCCGCUAACCUCACUUGGGAGGAAGCAAAAGAGCCGUUGCAUAAAGAUAUCGAUGUGAAUAAAACUAAUGGAGUUGGUCCAGGCAUGUCAUUUGCCAAUUCGGUUUUGCGUCGGGAUCCAAGUUUGGGGCGUAUCGGUCUGGUGCCUUGUGCCAUCGGAGGUACAAAAAUUAGUCAAUGGGAGCGUGGCACCUUCUUAUACAACCAGCUAAUUAACCGAGCCAAUGUCGCAGUAGAAGGUGGUGGAAUUAUCAUAGCUAUGUUGUGGUAUCAAGGUGAAAGUGAUACUAUCAAUAAAAAGGAUGCGUUGUCUUACAAGAAGAAUUUGGAGACGUUUUUGACCAAUGUACGUGCUGACUUGCGUUUCCCCUCACUUCCCAUCAUUCAGGUGGCUUUGGCGUCGGGAGAAGGGCUAUUUAUCGACAUUGUAAGGCAAGCUCAGUUGGGAAUUAAGCUUCCAAACGUAAGAUGUGUAGAUGCCAAGGGACUCCAACUGCAGAAGGAUGAUUUGCAUCUCACUACUGAAUCCCAAGUUAAGCUAGGGCAGAUGCUUGCUGGUGCUUUUUUCGAGUUUUAG